GUCGUCACAGGUCGUAACCAUUUUCAUUUAUUGUUCCCUGACUUUCGGUCUCUUUCUUUCUCUCUCUCUCUCACAAUGGAAGCUCUCAUCUCUUUACUUCAUCUAACGCUCCUGCUUAUCUUUCCUGUUCAAAGAUCAGCACAUUCCUAUGUUUUAAAAUCAACGUCCAUUAUUGGCGACCCUGGAAUGAAGAGAGACGAACUCAGAGUGGCAUUGGAAGCCUGGAACUUCUGCAAUGAAGUUGGCACAGAAGCUCCAGGAAUGGGCAGCCCAAGGCUUGCAGAUUGCUUUGAUAUCUCUGGAAAUUCCUUGAAACACAGAGUGGAUGAGAAAGACAACAAGCUUGGUGUAGGGAAGCCAUUCCCAGGUCUGAGGGCUUCAGCUCUACUGAACCCAGACCUUUAUGCAGUCGAGAAGGAACUGUAUCUUGGUUCUCUCUGUCAGGUCUCUGAGAACCCAAAUCCCUGGCAGUUUUGGAUGGUCAUGCUUAAAAAUGGCAACUUUGAUACUGAAUCUGGACUUUGCCCACAGAAUGGAAAGAAGGUUGGGCCAUUUCUUCAAUAUGGGAGGAGAUUUCCUUGCUUUGGGAAGGGAUGUAUGAACCAGCCAGUAGUUUUUCAUCAGCAGACCAGUCUUUCAGAGAGAGGAGAAAUGGUUGGAAGAUUCUAUGGAAGUUAUGAUUUUGAUGCAAAAUUUGGAGAUGGAAUUUAUGAUUUUUCAUAUUUUGAGGUGAUUUGGAGGAAGCGGAGAGGAAUGGGAAGCUGGGUUUUUAGUCAUAAGAUUAAAACUUCAAAGAAGUAUCCGUGGCUUAUGUUGUAUUUGAGGGCGGAUGCAACCAGAGGAUUUUCUGGUGGAUAUCAUUAUCAAACAAGAGGCAUGAUGAAAACUCUCCCAGAAUCACCCAACUUCAGAGUAAGGCUCACUCUCAACAUAAAAAAAGGUGGAGGCCCCAAGAGCCAGUUCUACCUCAUGGACAUUGGCAGCUGCUGGAAGAACAAUGGUUCCAAAUGCGACGGGGAUUUAACCUCCGAUGUUACACGAUACUCCGAAAUGAUCAUCAAUCCUGAAACACCUGCUUGGUGCAGCCCCAGCAACCUCAAUGCCUGCCCACCAUUCCACAUUACUCAUGACAACAACAAAAUUUUUAGAAACAACACUGCUAACUUCCCCUAUACUGCAUACCAUUACUAUUGCUCACCUGGCAAUGCUCAAUUACUUGAAGAGCCUUAUAGCACCUGUGAUCCAUAUAGCAAUCCACAUGCACAGGAGAUUGUUCAGAUACUUCCUCACCCAGCAUGGGCACCCUAUGGCUAUCCAUCCAAAGCCGGCGAAGGCUGGGUCGGCGACCCAAGAACUUGGGAUCUUGAUGUCGGCGGCCUAUCCAGUAGACUCUAUUUCUAUCAGGAUCCAGGAACCAGUCCUGCUAAGAGAAUUUGGAGAUCAAUUGAUGUUGGAACCGAAAUAUUUGUUGGUGAUGGUGAGGAGAUUGCUGAAUGGACUGUUAGUGAUUUUGAUGUAACUGUUUCAAGCUAAGGGGAAUAAUCUUUUUCCUUCUUUUUCAUCCGUAAGGCUUGUUUGGUUGGCACUGCUUCAACGCCAAAUGGCCACAUUAUGAAAAUUUUUAUUUGUAUAAAACUUAUUGAAAUUAUUUAUUGACAUAUAAAUAUUAUUGCAUGUAUCUAAUAUUCAUAGUAACAACCUAUUA